AUGAUAUUGAAACGGUGCCUUCUUGCCCUGGCCUUGUCCACAACAGUUUUUGCACAUCCACAACAACCUGCAGCAGGUUCGCCACCUGGACCUGAUGCAGGAUUGCCCACUUACAAACCCACCAACUCGUUUCCUUGGAAGAAUAUGUACCCUGUUCCUCGCGCCGUACCACAGCCGAAACCUGAAUGGAUGGAGUUGCUAAAAAAUGCCACCAUCGCCAAUGCGCCUGUGGUGAAAAAGGCCCCUGAUGGCUCUCUCGUGAAUCCCAAUCCACCUGGCCAAGAUCCUUACUGUGCGUGGUCUUUUACCGGAUGUAAGCGACCGGACGACAUUUUUACUUGCCAGAAAGGUCACUGGGCUUUGACGUACGAUGAUGGCCCCACCCUUGCCAGUCCUCCCUUGUACGACGUAUUGGAUAAAAUGCCCGAAAAAGUGACCUUUUUUGUAAUCGGUGGACAGGUGAUUCAAUACCCCGAAAUGCUUCAACGGAUCUACAAGGCAGGCCAUGAAAUUGGCAUUCAUACCUGGUCGCACAACCUGCUAACAUCACAGACCACAGAGCAGAUCGUGGCGGAGUUGAAAUGGACCGAACUGGCUAUCAAGGAAGUGAUUGGAGUGGCUCCGAGAUUCAUGAGACCUCCUUAUGGUGAUAUGGAUGAUCGCGUCAGAGGCAUUGUGAAGCAGCUUGGAUUUAUCCCUGUGAUCUGGAACCACGAUACUUUUGAUUGGAAGAUCAAUACCCCUGGUUUUGACGCGUCAAGUAUAGAAGCGGCUGCACGCCAAUGGGCUGGCAAUGCCUCUACUGCAGCAGAAGGUGGCAUUUCAUUGCAGCACGACCAGAGUCAGCAAACGGUUGAUAUGGCAAUCAAGGUGCUUCCUAUCAUUAAGGUGUGUUUCUCUUCGUUACGAAACUUGUGCGAAACAUAA